AAAUCUCCGAAAAUCGACUCGACUUCACGGAAAUACCUCCUGAAACUCAAAUGAUGCUAGGGCUGCUGUGUCAUUGUGAGAAUGCUUGCAGUCCAGCACAUAAACAGCUUUGCUCAUCUGCGGCUCUUUGAAGAGCGUUCAUAUCCCGCGAAAGCAUAUAACGCUUAAUUGGACAACUGGCACCAGUUGCUCAUACUCGAAUCGGAUGCACAAUCCAGAUUUGAAAAAGUUUCUGAGGAAUUCUUCAGAGCGAGGUUCCUCUCGGUAAACGCUUUUCGUCAAGUGCAUCUUCAUUCCGACAUUGUUGCAACUUUGAUCGCCGUUUCACUUUCGAACCUAACUAUUUGAACGAAGCCUUUCAGUUCUCCCGACUUUAGGAAUCUUGUCCAGUAUCGGGCAUCGAGGAACAAAACCGCCUUGAUCUGCCAUAAAUGAAAUUCUCCAGGCAUCCGCAAUCUCACCACGUCCCAACGAGAAAUAAGUCUUCCACAUGUCAAGAAACAUAUGGAAUCCUAUCGACACGGUCUACCAUCUCCCAUUUCGAAUGGCCUUUAGAAGAGGGCCCUGGGCUCAACGCAAACAUUACGAAGCUUCCGACGAGGACCGAGUGGACAUCGGAAGUGUUCUUGCCGAAGGAGGCGAUGGCGAACGCGCUUCUGACAGAGCUCAGAAGGAAGAGUCGGAGCCCAAUUUUCGGACGAGAUCGAUGAAUUUGCCGAAUGAGAAAGGGCGAGAAACAGGGGCGCCAUCUGAAGGAGGGAAGGAACGAAGGAAGGAAGGAAGAGGCGCUCCCCGCCCAUCGAACAACACAGCGCCUGAGCCAGCUCCGGUGCCACGUAAGCCCGAUAGAAAAGGCCUACUUUUUACUCCUCCACUUCAACCGUCAGCCCAUUCUCACUUCACCACGGUAACUACCUGCGUGCUUUCCAGAUUUCAUUCGAUCUCAGCCGUUCGCCUACUCAUCUGGCGAGGCAAGUGUUAGACUAAUCACAGAUUCUCGACUAUAGUGCGGUAAGCGAUGGUCCCCGGCUUGUCGACGUCAGCUUCGCUUUCAGGUGACAUGGAAUGCCGCCAUUUAUCCAACACGGCGGUGGCAGAGUUUCUU